AUGGAUGAGCAGUGGAAGCGUUACGCGCUCAUCACGGGCUGCACACCAGGAGGCAUAGGCCACUACCUGGCGCUCGAAUUUGCCGCAAAUGGUUACCACGUUCUAGCGACCGUCCGCAGCCCCUCCAAAUACACCCCACCUAACGACAACAUAACCUACCUCCCACUCGAGCUCCCACACGAGGACUCCAUUUCCUCCCUCCAUGACCGCGUUGCGUCCAUCACCGGCGGAAGACUCGACGUCCUCUACAACAACGCCGGGCGCAAUUACACCGUCGCAGCCACCGACAUCGACAUGGGCGAAGUGCAAGCGACCUUUGACGCGAACGUCUUCUCCGUCAUGAGGCUAUGCCAGAUCUUUACCCCAAUGCUGAUCGAAGCAAAAGGCACCAUUGUACAGACGGGCAGCUUGGCCGGCGUGAUGCCCUACGUUUUCGCCAGCGUGUACGCGGCGUCGAAGGCAGCGUUGCACGCAUACUCGGAUACAUUACGUGUGGAACUUGCGCCGCUGGGCGUAAGGGUUAUUACGAUAGUGACGGGUGGUGUGAAGUCGAACAUUGCAAGGACGCAUCGCGAAUUGCCGUCUGACAGCUACUAUAUGCCGAUCGCAGAUCAGUACGAGAAGAGAUUGACGUUGAGCCAGCAGAUGGGCAUGGAUACGCAGCAAUAUGCGAGGAGUUGCGUGAGGCAUGUUAUUGGUGGAGAGAGCUGGUUUGGUGCUGUAACCAAGAGAUGGGUGUGGGAGGGGAAAAUGAGCUGGGUCGUGUGGUUUGGUUGGAGUUAUUUACCGCGUGGUGUCCUUGAUUGGUACUUCAAGUCGAAGUUCCAGUUGGGGAGGUUAAGGGGUACGGUUGGGCCGGACAAGAAGAGAGUUUGA